AUGUUUGCAGUUGAAUUGCUCGAGCGACUCGGUUUGCCAACUAUCUAUCUUUGGAUUGGAUUUGUUUUGGUAGUCCUUCUAGCAUACCCUACAUAUUUUGCAAUUUACAACCUAUACUUUCACCCAUUGAGAAAGUUUCCAGGGCCACUUAUAGCCAGAUCAUCAUACAUCUGGUACGCCAAGAAUUGGAUUGGAGGAAGAUGGCCUCAUGCAUUAUCUGAUCUUCAUGAGAAGUAUGGUCAAGUUGUUCGAAUAGCCCCUGAUGAGCUUGCAUUCAGCUCAGCUCAGUCUUGGAGAGAUAUUUAUGGACAUUCAGUGAAGGGCAAGAAGUACUUCAGAAAGACCGACUGGUACGCAGGUGUUGGUGAUCUACCAAACUCCAUCUCAACAGAGCCAGAUCCGCAAAAGCACAGUAACAUGCGCAGAGUAUUAGCCAACGCAUUUAGCAAUUCUGUUCUCAAGGGCCAGGCAGAUGUCAUCAAUAAAUAUUUGGACAUGUUCGUCAGUCAGAUCAAGAAACAUGACAAUCCAAAUGGUAUUCCAGUCGAAGAAUGGUUCAACUGGCUGACAUUCGAUAUUAUCGGGGAUCUUACUUUUCAUGAAUCUUUUGGUGCAGUCGAAAAUGCCCGAACACAUUUUUGGAUUCACUUGAUCAUCAACGGUAAUUUCAUUCGAAGUCUCUAUCCAAUCUUCCAGAAGAUCCCGAUCAGCAGACUCUUCAUGAAAUGGAUUAUUCCAAACAUGGAUGAGAUCCGUCAGCAGCGACGGGAACACAUUGCCCAUACGAACUCUAAAGCCAUGAAACGGGCCAAUCGUGAUGACAUUGUUCAAAAGGAUUUUUUCAGCUUCUUACUUGGUAAAGAGGGAGCGGAUACUUCGGAAAUGUUCUUGACUGCGCAGGCCCACACUCUCAUUAUCGCUGGAUCUGAGACUACAGCUGUCACGCUGACAGCUAUGGUAUCAUUCUUACUUCGUUAUCCGGACAAAAUGAAGAUUCUCAUUGACGAAGUGCGUGGCGCAUUUACUGACAAAUCUCAAAUUAAUGUUGAAGGAACUCUACCCCUAGAAUACCUCUUCGCCGUGAUCGAGGAAACACUACGCAUUCUCCCUCCAGUGCCAUUUGGCCUUCCUCGUACGUGCCCUGGAGCAGUCAUUGACGGCCAUGUGGUUCCAGAAGGGACCAUCGUUUCCGUCUCUCCAUAUACAGCAUCUCACGAUGUAAGGUAUUGGCAUGAUCCUGAGGGAUGGCAUCCCGAGCGAUGGCUCCCUUCUGACCAUCCUCUUCAUAAUCCCGUAUUCGAUCAAGAUAAUAAAGAGGCAAGCAAACCAUUUAGUACUGGACCUCGUGUUUGCUUGGGUGUUAAUUUGGCAUAUAUUGAGCUAAGGAUGACACUCGCGAGGCUAUUGUUUGAAUUCGAUAUGGAGUUGCUUAGUAAACCGGUCGAUUGGAAUACGGAAUUGGAUUUCUUUCAAUUCUGGAAGAAAGUUGAGACGAGAGUAAAGUUCACCAGUCUUCAUUGA